AUGAAAGUGCUGGUGUGGCGUCUGAACUCGGCUGAGGUGCCGGUGUGUGUGAUAAACACACACUCUGAGCUGGUGCUGUGUUUGAGUUUUAAUGCGGAUGGAAGUCUGUUGGCCACGGCCUGCAAAGACAAGAAGAUCCGAAUCAUCGAGCCACGGACUGGGCGGGUCCUGCAGGAGUCUCGCUGUCGCUCUCAUAAAGUGUCCAGGAUCUUGUUCCUGUGGGAUCUGAAGAUGCUGGUGUCCACAGGAAGCUCCUGCUGGAACCAGAGACAGUUUGUCCUGUGGGAUGUGGUAACUUACCCCCUGACCGCAGCCAAUGAGCCGGCCAUGACCGCAGACGAGUGGCUGAUGGGACAGAAUAAAGGGCCGCUGCUGAUGUCUCUGAGACCUGCAGCCAAAGCGCUCCACACCUGCCCGACUGAAUCAGAGGCACCAGCCAAUCAGGACGCAGAACCGGCCCCUGACAUCAUCGCUGACCUGCGGGACUGGACCGAGGACGACACGCAAAGCCACGACUGGACCUCGUCACGCUUCAGUCCGAGCCGCAGCGAAGCCUCCGCGCUCGUCUCAGUCAGGUGCUUGCUCAGGGGUCAGAGGUCGUGCCGCUCUGCGUGUGACCAGCAGGAGGAGAAUCCUGCAGCUGGAGCGUGCUUCUGACCACAGCCAAUCACCGAGGAGAACAUUAUGUUGAGAGGGAGCACGUGUGUGUGUGUGUGUGUGUGUGUGUGUGUGUGUGUGUGUGUGUAAAUAUGACUCAUUUUGAUUUAUGGAGUUCAAUG